AUGGCCGUCCUAACGGAUCUACCUAUUGAACUCUUGGAGCAAAUAUACCACGCCCUUGGGAGCAUCGACGACGUCCACCACUUGGCGCGGGCUUGCAAGAAGACCCACCAUGUCAUUUCUCGGCGGCGCAUCUAUCUCGAUAUCAUGCGGUCCAUUAUCCACUUCUCGCCGCAGCACCGAUACGACUACCAGCUGUGCAAGAUGCUGGAUUUCCACCAGAGGAUUGUCACGCACGUCACGCAACACAGAACCUGGCUACCGGUCUCCCAGCCUUCAGCGGUGCACGUGAAUGUGUGGGAAGCUACACUGGCGCAGGCUGUGGGCGCAAACCGUCGACUACACGGCUGGUCAGACAGAACAAUAUGCGAGAUUCUGGCACGGUAUCAGGGUCUGCGUGUGCUUGAGGACAUGUGGUUGGCGCGGCAGCUGGAGGCAGGGGAUUACCUGUGUGUGGAAGAUACGUUGAAUGCGCAGACGCUCGCCAACAAAUACCAUACGCUCGUUGCACGCAGUGAGCCGGGGCAGGACACACGGCUACCAAGGCGAUGUCCGGAUACUCCGCAUACCCAGCACUACAAUCGGUUGAACGCAGAGCAGAGAGGGCGGUUCCACGCAGCUGUCGUGUGUGUGUGGCUCUACACGGAAAUCCGCUGGGCCAUGAUCUGGUUUGCUCAGCCGACGGGAUUCAACGUGCUGCUCCGCAUUCUGGAGUACUGCAAGGCGGAGAUUGCACUGCAUCAAAAGACUCCCGUACUUGAUAGGCUGGAUCAGGGUGCCGUUUUCAGCUUCAUGUACCACCAUUUGCUCCCACUGCAUAUCAGCUUCUUGGCCGACCAAGAGUCGUCGAAGCUGCCAUUGACAUUCGACUCGGACUUUGAUAAUGGCAAUGGCCAUUGUCACCGGAUGUUCCAGGUCUGCCUCAUGGCAGGGCAGGUCUACUUGCAGCCGCCAGACUUGAUCGACCUCGCGGUACGCUCCAAGCUCAGCCGCAAGCCGCCUUACCCGCGAAUGACGAUGCCCGCGUCGAGCGAGAGAUGGCGCACCCCGUUACCCAGCCAGGUUCCACCCAACAUCCGACUCUGGGACAACGGCCAGAAGCGGCUGCUGCUCCAAGUUUCGCUUUCGCAGCUCCGAGCCAUGGAUCAAGCUUCUUUCCACCAGAGCAGGUACUGCAUGAGUGAGCUGCGGGUUUACCAGCAGCUUCCUGAUUACUUUCUCCUGACCAUGACCGACUACGCAAAGUAUUUUUUUAUCGAUCAAGCGCUGGUGGAGUUUGAAAGGUAUGAAUCGGACAGGGAAGGCUUGGAAGACAUCAGGGUGGCAUUCCGCAUGCAGUGGACUGGAACCCAGUGGACUAUCUGGUGGUGGGCCAAUAGUGAGGAGAAGGCGAGGAUGAAGCUGGAGAGGUGGCGGUGGCCCGAGGGCAUGGAGUGA